AUGGGUUAUGAGUCAGAUGUAAUAUUAAAAUCGUUUUUAAAUAAUAUAUUUAAUGUUUUUUUCAAAUACAAUCAGUCUGAAAGAAGCCAACCAGCAAAAGAAUUAGAAAGACUAAUCCAACAACCUUUUCCAAACAGUACAGAAGACUUUGAAGAAAUCAUACAGAAUUUUGAUAAAGUAGAUAAAUUAGACAGAAAACCUAUGUUGAGCCCAAAGCUACAUGUAUUUCUAGAAGAACUCUCAGAGACAGAAAUAAAAAAAUUAAAAUCUAAAUUAAGUGAACAUGUCCAGCAUUACCUUGUGGAAAGACUUUCAGAAUCAAGACACAUUACCCAAGAGGACUUAACAAAAAUCUAUCAAAAUCUGUAUUCAGUGAAUGAGAAAGCAGAACCAAAACGGCAAAAUAUUUUUCUGGAGAAAUAUUCAGAAACUAUAAAAGAAAUCGUGUCCUUUGUAAAUAAUUUCAAUCAUCAUUUCAAAAGUAAACAUUUGGAAAUAAAACUAAGAUCUUUUUAAAAUGAAAUUCUCCAAAACUAUUUCCUAAAAAACUUUUCAGAAAGAAGUUUAUUUAAAGAAACAGAAUCUGACACUGUGCACUCAAACAUAUCUUCUCUAAGAAUUAAAAGUGCCCUGACAUCUUUUCAUGAGGUAGGACAAGAUAUUUCAAGGUGGAGUUUUGGUAGAAGACCUGAUAUAAAGAUGAAAUAUCCUUUAAAUAAGUCUGUACGAAACUAUCUUAUAGCUUUAUCAGAAAAUGAACUACUAAAUCUAAAAGCUGAUUUAAGCAAACACCUACAGAGCCUUUCUAUAGAAAAUCUUUCAAAAUCUGGAUUAAUCACAGAAAAGCAAUUAGAGGCAAUCAAACAGCAUAUAAAUUUGAUUAAUUCUCGUUUCAUACCAUUAAAAUGUAUCAAGUCAGAUUUAUCUUUUAGAGAUUAAAAUCAAUUUGAGGAGGAAGAGUCAGAAACAAAAUAUUCAAAAACUGUUCAAAAAACCACUUUACAAAAGGUUCCUGAGGAUAAACUUGUAGAAACAGAAUUGACCAGAAAGAAAGAAAAGAAGUAUUUUUCCUUACAUAAUAUUAAGGAAAAUCCAUCAACAGUUGGGGAACAGAAAAGAUGUUAUCCUAAGGAAGGAGCUAAAACAGUGAAUGUAAUUAAAGUACGACCUUCCCAAACAAUUCCAUUAAAUAAAUCAUCAGAAAGACUUACACAUACAGUACUUAAGAAACAAAGGGAAGAAAAUGGCUUCAUGCAGCUUCCUCAAGCAGAAAAUUUUUAUUUUAAGACACAGAUUCAAGGCCCACAUAGUUGGAGUGGUAUAUCAAAAACAACUCAUUCAAAUGUUUGCUUUGAAAGAACACCAAAGACAAAGUCCCUUGAAAAAAAGGAGCACAAUAAUAUCUGUAUCAGUGUACAGGAAAAUCCUGAAGCUGUACUGUUACCAUUUCCAAGAAUUCCUAAUUGCAGAAAGCCAGGUGAAAAUGAAGAAUUUGUAAGCAAACUUACUUUUCCUUCCAGGCAGAGUAACAUUUUAACUCAUUUCAAUUCAGAGCUGGGGGAGAAAUAAAAAUUAGACCACUAUUGUCAGAGAUGGAAAAGAAACAAUAACAAUAACAAAAAACAACAUUUAGUAACAUUUGCACAAUACCAAAAUGAAAUACAAGCUCUUUAUAUAAAACCACAUGAAAUCUGCAAGGAAAAAUGUGCCAGUGUCCCUGAAUCACAAUCAUAUAAAGUUGUGGAAGCUGAAAAUUCAAGACCAUCCCUCUUCCCAAAAGUCUUAAAGAGAGAAAAUCUAAAGCCCAAAGUCCAGGAAGAAAAAGACCAUGUCAGCAACCAAAAAAAGUCAUUUAACAAGAUAGUUAAGAUACUACCAAGCACACCGUCCACCACAAGAAGUCCAAGGAAAUCUGUUCCAAGGACAUUGCAUCAGUGGAAUGCAAGAACAAUGAUACAUGUAGUAAGUUUUCUGUCUUCUGUAUUUGGCAAAGUUCUGUAAAUAAUCUGCUUUAGGAUGUAUAAGUCUGCAUGCAAGUAUGUGUGUAAUCUUCAUUGCCUCAUGACAUACAGACCUUCAAAUUCAAAAAUUUCUUCUGAAAGUCAAAUAUCUCCUCAUCUGAUUCAAAAUGCAAUCACAAAGUCAGUGGACUGUUAACACACUUACUGUCUUUAUAUAAAAUACAUAAAGGACAUCACCCUCUGGAACAUGAAUUAGAAAAAGUUACCCUUUCCUCUGGGGAAACCAUGGGCUGACCCAGCCUUGGAGCCAGGGCACACAGUCCUGUCUAUGGAACACUGCCUGGAUUUUAGCCUCUCUUACCCCUCAACCAGGGCUGCUGUGCAGACACAAGGUGUACAACCUUUGGCAGUGGCUGUAUACUAUGGAAACAUAGCUGGGAUUUUCUUUUCAUGAAGAUGAUUGUUCGGACAUAUUUGAGGAUUUACAUGGGACCUCACUUAAAUGUCUUGAAAAAGCAAAAUCAAGAUGAUGGCUUUUAGGAAAGGGCCCAGAUGAUAGCCAUAAUCAGUUAAAACACUCUGCAGAGGUUAACAAACGACAAGAAAGCUACACUGGAAAAUUUACAAGUCCUCAAAUGGUUUCAGCAAGCUUAGUUCAUAUAAAUGAUCCAAUUCCAGGUUAUGAAAUCCUCAAAAUGCAGCAAAAAAAAUUUUAAAGAGAAUAUUGAAAAAUGUUCACUCAUUUGUGAUAUCCAAAUGUCAAACAUUUCAGAAUGAUAUGUGAGGACUACAGUCAGUCAUUUCUUCAAUUAACAAAAUGAUUUGGAGAUGCAUCCUUCUGUGUGAUAGAAGUCAGGAACAAAAUUUCAUCUUGUUAGAACCAUUGUGUUUUAAUUAAAAUGAAAAAGAAGCACUUAGAUGUAAACGUGUUUUGUUUAUGAACCUUAGGGAAUUAACACAGAAACACAUUCUGUUCACAUUCGUUAGUAGUUUUAUUUCCCAGCUUUCCCCCUUUUUCACUAUAUAAUAUCACUCCAAUUUAUAGUUUGCUGAUUUCCCAAAUCUUUGUUAUGCUCUAAACUAUCAGGGUCUCUAUUUGCAAUUAUGUUUAGCCUUUUGUUAUGAAUGUACUUUUCCUGUUCAGCUGUAGUUAUAUAUUUAGAUUCAAUAGUACGUAACUAGAACAUCUAUUUCCAGA